GUAAAUACCAGAUGAGCGUUGAAUUAAGAACAAAUGUACACUGCGAUCUCCCCUCCCCGGGGUCAGAUGUCCGACAGGUGAAAGGAGACGUGACUUACUAUCACUAUGGAUGUGACGGAGUUGAUGAUAGGGGCUGGGGAUGCGGGUAUAGGACACUUCAGACUAUGUGUGAUUGGGUAAUAAACCAGCUAACACGCAACGACAAAACUAUGGAUGAUAAAAUGGCCGUUCCAUCUCUAAGUAACAUACAAGAAGCCUUGGUUACCAUGGGAGACAAACCGGCGUCAUUUGUGGAUUCAAGGGAAUGGAUAGGCAGCUUUGAAGUUUCAAUAUGUAUGGAUUAUUUCAUGCAGGUACCAUGUAAGAUCAUACACGUCACUUCCGGUGCGUUGCUAGGUGAACACCUGGAUACACUAAAGAAGCAUUUCGAGGUUAUUGGAGCUCCAGUGAUGAUGGGUGGGGACAGUGACAAUGCAUCGAAAGGUGUCCUGGGUGUGUGUUCUGAUCCUCCAUCACUACUCAUUCUGGACCCCCAUCACUACGGUCAAAUAAAGUCACUGUCCGACCUGUAUGAGCGGAACAUGGUUUCUUGGCGCCCCCUGGAUACCUUUGUGAAGGACUCCUUUUAUAACUUAUGUUUACCACAAUAUCCAAAUUCGUGACACUGGAAAGGACCGAACUCGCUAUGUCACUAACAAUACCCAAACACUUUGGUGAAUGAGAUUCAAUAUCACGUGAUCGAAGGAUUGAUGCAGUUAAUCUGUUUACGAUGGAGGUCUAAUCUGCCUUCGACAUAUAUUAUUUUAUGGUAACAACGUUAAGUCACACCAGAUCAUGCUGAUUUAUCAUUUGUCAAGUAUUUUUCUCCAAGAAAAGUGUUGAUACCUGCUGGAGAUGAUAGCUUUUGAAAUAGAAUUAUUUGUUAUCUGGUCAGUGGUUGGUAUUGAUGUCUUCAGGUUUUGUUAUCAUUAUCCGUUGAUCUAGAAGAUAUUAUCUAUCUUUAAAAUCAGGGUAGUCCGCCUGACCAUAUUUCUGAUGUUCCUUCAGUUUUAGCCACCUAUUCAGCAUCUGAUGUUAUCAGCAGGUCAUGUUCAGUUUUUAGGUCAUCUGACCCGAAGGCUCAUUCAUUGCUCGCCGUCGCGCAGUCCGUAAACCUUUAUUUUAAAACACUGCUCUUGCUUGGUAUGAAACAUCAUUUGUUCGAACCAAGGAACCUGGGGAUUGGGCCCCAAAAGGUAGUUAGACAGUACUUUACUGCAAAACGCUACUCUUCAUUAAUGCUUGAAUGGAUUUCAUUCAAAUUGUCUGAAACAUCAAUAGAGGUAAGCAAUAAAUUCCUAAAUUUAGAAGUUGAUUCGACUCUUAAGGACUGCUACUACUGAAUGCCUGUUGAUUUCAACCUAAUGUGAUCUGAAACAUUUUCGUAUAAAAUUUUGUAACUAAGUAGAGGUCAUAGAAACUAAAAUCGAACUUCACUUUUGAAAGGUAU